AUGAACAAUCUACCAUUCCGAUAUCCAGGAAUGGAUAAUCUUCCUGAGCAACGAGUUCGUAGAACAUGGCCUUUCGAGCACGCUGACAUAUACAACUUCGGACCUCUAUCAAUAAAAAAGGAAGAUGAAGCCGCAAAAGGAGCGCUUUACGACGGACUGAUCAAGUCAGUCAAAGCCUUUACAAAGUACUACAAUGAGCCGUUCCGACAUUUGGAGAUACUGGGGACACUCCUGGUGGAGAUAGAGAGUAGCGUUAACAGCAGGCCUCUUACAUAUCAAGAGGAAAGAAGGGAAGAAACACCAAUUCUUCGUCCAAUUGACUUCAUUCAACGAGAAAUGGUCAUCACCUACCCAUUCGAAACUAUCGGAACCGACGAAGGAGACGAGACUUAUCAUGCACAUGCUCAAGCAGUUCUGCUGAAAAUCCGUCAACAGACAGAAGAUGCUUUCAAAGAGAGUCACCAGCUGACGGAACGCUUUUGGAAAAUCCGGAGUCUUCAGUAUUUGACGGCGCUGAGAGAAUCACACAAGUUGCAAAUGAACAAUAAACGCAGCACUCCCAGAAAUUCAGAAGAGGGGCAAGUGUUUUGA